AUGCUCCCACGGUCCGCUUACCGAGGUGCGGAGCGGGAGUACCCGGGGCCAGAGCAAGUUGAGUUGGGGUAUAGAGCCGUAAGCGCGAUGGGGGGUUUCAGAGGACGUGCUCGAGCAUUACGAUCUGCAGCUCAAAUGGUCUCUUAUGAAGUCUCUAUUGGUCUUAUUCUUAUUGUGCGCCUUGUGAGCGCGUUUGGAUCCGCGAAGGCAAUCGCUCGGAUGUUCCCCUAA